CGCGCUGGCCCCGAGCCUCGCAGGCAGCCAGCGAGCGAGGGGAGCGCUCUGGGAUGGGACUUGGAGCAAGCGGCGAAGGAGGAGACAGCGGCCGCGGCUCCAGCUUCUUCCGCGGCUCCCACGAGCGACCCCCGAGGAGGACCGCGCCUCUCCGAGCGGCGAGGGGGCCGACGCCGAAGACCCGGGGGGCUGCGCCCGUCUCGCUGCCCAGGCGUCCGAGGCGGCAGCGGCUGCAGCCUUGCCCCUCUUCCUCUUCUUGAAGAUGGAGAAGAUGCUGGUGGGCUGCUUUCUGCUGGUCCUCGGACAGAUCCUCCUUCUCCUCCCUGUUGAGGCCAGGGAGCGGCCUCCCUCGAGGUCCGUGUCCAGAGGGAGACACGCUCGGACUCACCCCCAGACGGCCCUCCUGGAGAGCUCCUGUGAGAAUAAGCGGGCAGACCUGGUCUUCAUCAUCGACAGCUCCCGCAGCGUCAACACCCACGACUAUGCAAAAGUCAAGGAGUUCAUCGUGGACAUCUUGCAAUUCUUGGACAUUGGCCCUGACGUCACCCGAGUGGGCUUGCUGCAGUAUGGCAGCACUGUCAAGAACGAGUUCUCCCUCAAGACCUUCAAGAGGAAGUCUGAAGUGGAGCGUGCGGUCAAGAGGAUGAGGCAUCUGUCCACGGGCACCAUGACGGGGCUGGCCAUCCAGUAUGCCCUGAAUAUCGCAUUCUCAGAAGCAGAGGGGGCCCGGCCUCUGAGGGAGAAUGUGCUGCGGGUCAUAAUGAUCGUGACCGACGGGAGGCCGCAGGACUCCGUGGCCGAGGUGGCUGCAAAGGCACGGGACACGGGCAUCCUGAUCUUUGCCAUUGGUGUGGGCCAGGUGGACCUCAACACACUGAAGGCCAUCGGGAGCGAGCCCCAUGAGGACCACGUCUUCCUGGUGGCCAACUUCAGCCAGAUGGAGUCGCUGACCUCGGUGUUCCAGAACAAGUUGUGCAUGGUCCACAUGUGCAGCAUCCUGGAGCAUAACUGUGCCCACUUCUGCAUCAAUACCCCGGGCUCAUACGUCUGCAGAUGCAGACAAGGAUACAUCCUCAACUCGGACCAGACUACUUGCAGAAUCCAGGAUCUCUGUGCGGCAGAGGACCACGGCUGUGAGCAGCUCUGCGUGAAUGUGCUGGGCUCCUUUGUCUGCCAGUGUUACAGCGGCUUCAUGCUGGCCGAGGACGGGAAGAGAUGUGUGGCCGUGGACUACUGUGCCUCGGAAAACCACGGAUGCGAACACGAGUGUGUGAAUGCUGACGGCUCCUACUUUUGCCGGUGCCCUAAAGGAUUUGCUCUUAACCCAGAUAAAAAAACAUGUGCAAAGAUAGACUACUGUGCCUCACCUAAUCAUGGAUGCCAGCACGAGUGUGUUAACACAGAUCACUCCUAUUCCUGCCGCUGCCUAAAAGGUUUUAUCCUGAAUCCAGAUAAGAAAACCUGCAGAAGAAUCAACUAUUGUGCACUGAACAAACCGGGCUGUGAGCAUGAAUGCAUCAACACGGAGGAAGGCUACUCCUGCCGCUGCCGUCGGGGCUACAGUCUGGACCCCAACGGCAAGACUUGCAGCCGAGUGGAUCACUGCGCGGAGCAGGACCAUGGCUGUGAGCAGCUGUGUCUAAACACCGAGGAGUCCUUCGUCUGCCAGUGCUCAGAAGGCUUCCUCAUCAACGAGGACCUCAAGACCUGUUCCAGGGCGGAUUACUGCUUGCUGACCAACCAUGGCUGCGAAUACUCCUGCGUCAACACGGACACAUCCUUUGCCUGUCAGUGUCCCGAGGGACACGUGCUCCGCAGUGACGGGAAGACCUGUGCCAGAUUCUCAGAAUUGGACCCCUGUGCUCUGGGCGACCAUGGUUGUGAACAUUCGUGUGUGAGCAGGGGAGACUCUUUUGUGUGCCAGUGCUUUGAAGGCUAUAUACUCCGGGAAGAUGGGAAAACCUGCAAAAGGAAAGAUGUCUGCCAAGCCGUAGACCAUGGCUGCGAGCACAUUUGCGUGAACAGUGAUGAGUCGUACAUCUGCAAGUGCCGGGAGGGGUUCCGGCUUGCCGAGGACGGGAAACGCUGCAGAAGUAAGUGGCCUCAAGGGAAGGAUAUCUGCAAAUCGACCUACCACGGCUGUGAACACAUUUGUGUUAAUCGUGGCAAUUCCUACAUCUGCAAAUGCUCAGAGGGAUUUGUUCUAGCUGAGGAUGGAAGACGGUGCAAGAGAUGCACUGAAGGCCCAGUUGACCUGGUCUUCGUGAUCGAUGGAUCCAAGAGCCUCGGAGAAGAGAAUUUUGAGAUUGUGAAGCAGUUUGUCACUGGCAUUAUAGAUUCCUUGGCGAUUUCCCCCAAAGCUGCUCGCGUGGGACUGCUCCAGUAUUCCACGCAGGUCCGCACAGAGUUUACCCUGAGAAACUUCAGCUCGGCCAAAGACAUGAAGAAAGCCGUGGCCCACAUAAAAUACAUGGGCAAGGGCUCUAUGACCGGGCUGGCCCUGAAACACAUGUUUGAGAGAAGUUUUACCCAAGUAGAAGGGGCCAGACCUCUCUCCGCACGGGUGCCCAGAGUGGCCAUCGUGUUCACAGAUGGACGGGCUCAGGAUGACGUCUCGGAAUGGGCCAGUAAAGCCCAGGCCAACGGUAUAACUAUGUAUGCUGUCGGGGUAGGAAAAGCUAUUGAGGAAGAGCUACAAGAGAUUGCCUCUGAGCCCACGGACAAGCAUCUCUUCUAUGCCGAAGACUUCAGUACGAUGGGAGAGAUAAGUGAAAAACUAAAGAAAGGCAUAUGUGAAGCUCUGGAAGACUCCGACGGAAGUCAGGACUCCCCAGCAGGGGAACUGCCAAAGAAGGCCCACCAGCCAACAGAAUCUGAGCCAGUCACCAUAAAUAUCCGAGACCUACUUUCCUGUUCUAAUUUUGCAGUGCAACACCGAUAUCUGUUUGAAGAAGACAGUGUUUCACGGUCCACACAAAAGCUUUUCCAUUCAACAAAAUCUUCAGGAAGUCCUUUGGAAGAAAAACACGAUCAGUGCAAAUGUGAAAACCUAAUAAUGUUCCAGAACCUUGCAAAUGAAGAAGUGAGAAAGUUAACACAACGCUUAGAAGAAAUGACACAGAGGAUGGAAGCCCUGGAAAAUCGCCUGAGAUACAGAUGAGGAUUUGAAAUGCUCUACAUAUUUGUACAUCGUAUCAAGGCUGACAGUGAAAGCAGUUCGGAGCCCCAAAGCUCAGGCUGUUGUUACUUCUAGGUUGUCAAGUAAAACAUAAGUAGUACUGAGAGAGCUGGUUUGCUAUAGAACAAAAAGUGUACACUAACUUGUAUACAUUUAUUGAGAAAAAAAAAAUCCUUCAGAAUCCUAAAAUGCGAUUAUCAAGUGAGAGCAAGUAAGCUAUGCAAGAUAUUCUGUAACAUACUGUGGACCUGAUUUGCUUUUGCCUUGUCCUGCCUUAGUGUGUUGCAAUCUCAUUUGACUACAAAAUAGUUUGCAGUCUGAAUUCUGUAGAACACUGGCCAUAGGAAAAGCUAUUUUUUUGUAUUGGACUUUUACCUUGAUAUAUGUAUAUGGAUGUAUGCAUAAAAUCAUAGAACGUAUGUACUUGAAUUAACAAGUUGGGAUUUUUUUUUUAUACAGUAUUAAAGUUCACCACUUCA